UGCACGCUGAGACUGCACCCGGCUGAAGCUCGAGGUCGCCGCGGAGCCUUCCCCUUGCCCCACCCCUCCUCCAGCAUCGACGGCUCAGGGACACAGGGGGCCCACUCUGCCCAGAGAGCUGCUUUCCGCCGCCACUCUGCUAUCUAACUUUGGAGCCUGCUGUCCGCUGCUCUUCCCAAGUUUGCGAGGAGUCGCGGAGGUAGGGACUUCAGCCAGCUCAGAGUCCCGCGGUGGCCCGGACCCUCCCCAUCGCCGCGUCUGUGCCGUCCUGUUUGGAGAGGCUGGGGGCAGCUGCGGAGACCCGCCGACCUGCUCGGCUCAGCUCUCGCUUGGGGAACAUCACACUGGAGAGCCAAAGGGAGUGGAAGAGCCUAUCUUGGAGAUUUUCCCGGGGAAGCCCCGAGGCCAUUCAUUAUGAUGUGUACAGCUCCGGAGUGGCUCAGAGUGACCGCACUGCUCUUCGUGGCUAGAGCGGUUCCAGCGAUGGUGGUUCCUAACGCCACUUUGUUGGAGAAACUUUUGGAAAAGUACAUGGAUGAGGAUGGUGAAUGGUGGACAGCCAAGCAGAGAGGGAAAAGAGCCAUCACAGACAAUGACAUGCAGAGCAUCUUGGAUCUCCAUAACAAACUGAGAAGUCAGGUGUACCCAACCGCUUCUAAUAUGGAGUACAUGACAUGGGAUGUGGAGCUGGAAAGAUCUGCAGAAUCCUGGGCUGAAACAUGUUUGUGGGAGCAUGGACCAGCAAGCCUGUUGCCCUCCAUUGGACAGAAUUUGGGAGCACAUUGGGGAAGAUAUCGACCCCCAACAUUUCAUGUACAAGCGUGGUAUGAUGAAGUGAGAGACUUUAGCUACCCGUAUGAGCAUGAGUGCAACCCGUACUGCCCUUUCCGAUGCUCUGGCCCUGUGUGCACACACUACACUCAGGUGGUGUGGGCAACCAGCAGCAGGAUAGGCUGUGCCAUCAAUCUGUGCCACAACAUGAACAUCUGGGGGCAGAUAUGGCCCAAGGCCGUCUACUUGGUGUGCAAUUACUCUCCCAAGGGAAACUGGUGGGGCCACGCCCCUUACAAACAUGGAAGGCCUUGCUCUGCUUGCCCACCCAGUUUUGGAGGAGGCUGUAGAGAAAACUUGUGCUACAAAGAAGGGUCAGACAGGUAUUACACCCCUCGUGAAGAAGAAACAAAUGAAAUUGAACGGCAGCAGGCUCAGGUCCAUGACACACAUGUUCGGACAAGAUCGGACGAUAGUAACAGAAAUGAAGUCGUCAGCACCCAGCAGAUGUCUCAGAUUGUUUCUUGCGAAGUGAGAUUGCGAGACCAGUGUAAAGGGACCACUUGCAACAGGUAUGAGUGCCCUGCAGGCUGCUUGGACAGUAAAGCUAAAGUCAUUGGGAGUGUCCAUUAUGAGAUGCAAUCCAGUAUCUGCCGAGCUGCUAUCCACUAUGGGAUAAUAGACAAUGAAGGCGGAUGGGUAGAUGUCACUAGACAAGGAAGAAAGCAUUACUUCAUCAAAUCCAACAGAAAUGGUGUUCAGACAGUUGGCAAAUAUCAUUCUGCUAAUUCCUUCACAGUCUCCAAAGUAACAGUUCAAGCUGUGACGUGUGAAACUACAGUGGAACAACUCUGUCCAUUUCAUAAACCUGCCUCACACUGUCCAAGAGUGUACUGUCCUCGCAACUGUAUGCAGGCAAAUCCACAUUAUGCUCGUGUAAUUGGAUCCAGAGUUUAUUCUGAUCUCUCUAGUAUCUGCAGAGCAGCAGUGCAUGCUGGGGUGGUUCGAAAUCAUGGUGGUUACGUGGAUGUCAUGCCUGUGGACAAAAGAAAGAUGUACACCGCUUCUUUUCAAAAUGGAAUCUUCUCAGAAAGUUUACAGAACCCUACAGGAGGAAAGGCAUUCCGGGUAUUUGCUGUUGUGUGACAGGGAGCACUUGGAAAGGCACUGGAAAGACUGCUCCACAUGCCACAAUUCUGAAGUUUGUAUAGAACUGUAACUGUACAGAAGAAAGCAAGUAUUGCCAGCCCACCCCCAGAGUGCAAAUGCCUGCCACUCUUAAGAAACCAAGUCUAUAAAAUAAAACAUGGGACAUUAGCUUUGGGGAAAGUAAUGAACAUUUAAUGGUUUUAGAAAUCCUGUGUUAAAUAUUGCUAUAUUUUCUUAGCAGUUAUUUCUAUGGUUUAUUACAUAGUCGUAAUGUUCUACAUUUCAUAUAUUAUAUUAUAUGGUGCUUUGUAUAUGCCACUAAUAAAGUGAAUCUAAACAGUGAAUGUGAAUGGCCCUUAGAGAACUAUCUGGUGCAUUGAAAAGCAAUCAACCCUAAAACUGAAAAAAAAAAAAAUAAGUCCCUCUACCAGUCCAAUGCUAUGUUCUUACUUACCCUAAAUCUCUAACUGCCUUGCCCUUAGGACUGGGCAGUUUUUCUCUGCUGUCAAGUUAUGUUGUGCAGAGUAUUGAGUCCUGAUGUUGCACUUGUUAUUUUGUAUAAAAUAAUCCUUUCAUUUCCAAGUGAAAACAUUUGGGUCCUUGGGAAUGGCCUCAGUCGUAUGUGGGGUAAGGUCCAAGUAGUGCUGUGAGAACAUUCCUGGUGAUCGUGUAGUAGCUAGAGGAUGAGGUGGCAGCCAGCGCUUGCUAGCAUUGUUAGAUCUGAGUUCCCAUGGUCUUCUUUUGUAUCCUGGCAAGUACUCCUGCAGGCCAGGAAGUAUAAUAAAACAGUCUAAUGAGGAUGAAUAGAUGCAUUACAUUAUUAUUACCUCUGGUUUUCAUAAUGGCAAAUGGCUUUGUGUAUAAACCUUCCAUUAGUAUGAUCCUCUGGUGGUGAUGUAAUUGUUUCUGUGAAAAUGUAUUGUGCUUUGAUACUUAAAUUCUGUAAAAUGUUACUGUUAGUAUUUUUUUCCUGCUGGUGAACUUGU